CGGUACCAUAAGGUCUCACGACGCUAUCGAACGCUCGUAAUCGGAACGGGCUACUUUUGUUCCUUUUGUGAAGGUGAAAUGGACAUAAUACUGUCUGUUGCUACGCAACUCGGACCGGUACUCGAAGAAUUAGUAUCCGGCGUCUUAUCAACUAAAGUUUUACUCAAAAUUCUCUCAAAAAGUCCACGUCUUAAGAAGGUAAAACUUUAUCGUUUAAAAGACUGCCCCUUGCCUAUUCUGAGGGAUUUGGAAGAACUAGAAAUCGUAGAUGGUGCACAUACUGACAUUGUUCGCCUAGCUCCAAAUCUCCGAAAGCUUUGCGUUCACUCUAACUUACAUUUUGCACGAGCGGUCAUUGAGGAGUUACCAUUGGAGCAUCUGGCAUGCAAUUUGCCAAUGAACGACAAUCAUCAUUUCAGAUAUUUGUCAAAAGAAACUAAACUUACAACGGUUGUACUGUUUAACAGUGUUAUUGUGCAGGAAGAUUUAGUACAACUAUGCAAAUCAUGCCCGCUGUUGAUAAAAUUAUGGCUCAAUACCAAGGAGAUCACCUCAUUGCAUUGUUUGGCAACUCUGAAGCACCUUAAGCUCAUUAGUUUGGAAAUUGAGGGCACAUUAAACACUGAAAGUGAUCUUGUUUUGCCAAACAUUAAAAUGCUUGUUUUGUGCACGGAUAGGCCACUUCAUUUGAGCGAUGAUAUGCGUCGCGUGUUUCCUAGCGUUCAGUUCUUGCGAUUGAAUGCCCUGCGAAUCUCCUACAGCCAGGAGUUCCAGAUCGGGGAGGCUUUUCCUCGGCUGAUAAGACUGGAGCUUAAUUCGUUAAUCUACGAUAAGCAUCUGGAGCUUAUAAUUGAGAAGUUGACGCAACUGGCUAUGCUACGUGAACUUGUUGUAGGCGUUGUGACAUUCAAGGAACUACCCAUCAGAAGUCGGCAACAGCUGAAACGGAGUAAGGUAGCAUAUUUCAGUAAGAUGAUAGACUUGUUUGAUUCCUUUUGAAGGUAAAUAAGUAAUUUAAACGUUAAAUUAACUGAGAAAAUGCUAGGUGUUCUGUUGAUUAACUGCAAAUAAAUAAAUAAAGGAAA